AUGGCCGAUGUUAGUGACCUAGUGCAAAGAAUCCGUAAUGAGUUUGCUGAAAGUCAAGAGAAGCUGAAGAAGUUCCAGAAGAAUCAGGUCGAGGCACAUCAUGAGAAGUUAGAUCGCCUUGAACGGCUUGAACAGAUCUUUGAUCAGCUUCAAAAGGUAUGGCGACCUCGGCUAGAGGCUCUAGCCCAUGAAUUCGGCGACCGUUUGGAAACCACGCCAAAGAUCAGUAAGGGGCAACGUCAAGCCGCCUUUAAGGUGGAAUCGUCGCUGGCCAGGAUUCGGUUGAGUUUUGCUGCACUGUCGAAUCCAGAAGUUACCGAAUUGAUACUGAUCUAUGAUCUGGAGAUAUUGCCGGUACUGAUGCAAUUCGAGCGACAUGCAGAGAUUUCGUUUCCCCUUGACGACAUCGACCCAGAAGCGAUUGGCAAGUGGUUUGACGAUCGCAUUGUAGGAUUCGUACACACAUAUCUUGCCUUACAUGAGAAUGAGUACUACCUAAAAGACCACAUGGUCGAAGACCCCAUCGCGCACGUGCGUUUUCCCAAGUUUGCUGCAGGGGCAACCCGAAAUCGACAAGGCAAUACCUACUACUUCAUCAGCGAGGAAACGGCAGCAGAUUUCGAGAAGCAAUUCGCCAUGAAAAUCGCGGUGUCGACCUUCUUCUCGGCCGUGAACUCACUCACCUUCAGCCCGGCUUUGAGCGGGCUGUUGUUGCGGCCCAAGCAUGAGCAGCGCAACCCGCUGUCCCGUUUGUCGAAUGCGCUGUUGGGCUGGUUCUUCAAGCUGUUCAAUCGGGGCUUCAAUCUCGGAGCAGAUUACUACUCGCGCGGUGUCAGCCUGCUACUGCGGGGCAGCUUCAUCGUCCUCCUGGCCUACGGAGGUUUGUUGUUUCUCACUUAUGUGAGCUUCACCAGUGUGCCGACCGGUUUCAUACCUCAGCAGGACAAGGGAUACCUGUUAGUCAAUGUUCGACUCCCCGACUCCGUAUCGUUGGAGCGAACUGAGAACGCGAUUGGCUCGAACUACGGUUUCAUCUACGUCAUUUUAGAUGAUUUUCAUCACCGUCACGGUGCCGACUUAAACGCCGAUGCGAUUGCCGCCAAACUACGAAACGCCUGUUACCGUGAUGUGCAAGAAGCCUCCGUUGCCGUCUUUGGCGCUCCGGCCGUCGAGGGUCUCGGGAAUGCUGGUGGCUUCAAGUUGAUGGUUCGCGACAUUUGCGAUCUUGGGCUAGACCUGUUGCAGGCAACAUCCGAAGACCUUGUAGCAGAGGGGAAUGAUCGGCCCGCACUUGUAGGUUUUUACACUGCAUUCCGUGCCCGAACACCCCAGAUGUAUGUAGACGUAGACCGAAAGCAGUGCAAGCAAAUGGGAGUGCCCCUCGACGAAGUCUUCCUUACGCUGCAGCUCUAUCUGGGUGGGUAUUACACUAACCAUUUCAAUCGGUUCGGCCGCACAUGGCAAGUGAAUCUACAGAGCGACCCCGAGUUUCGAUUGACACCCGAUCAGGUACGCCAACUGAAGGUCCGCAACUCCGAAGGCGAGAUGGUACCACUGGGAAGUGUUGUCAAGAUUAGCCCCACGGGUGGGCCAGCAAUGAUCGUCCGCUACAACGGCGUGACGGCGGCCGCUGUGAAUGGCGGCUCCCUCCCUGGGGUCAGUUCGGGAACGGUCAUCAGCACAAUUGACACGCUGGCUUCGAGAGUUCUACCGCAGGGCAUGAACUUCCAAUGGACUGAGUUGACCCUGCUUCAGAUCUUGGCGGGGAACACUGCGAUUGUGGUGUUCGGGCUCGCGGUCGUCUUGGUGUUCCUUGUCCUUGCAACUCAGUACGAGAGCCUGACUUUGCCUCUGGCCGUAAUUCUUGUAGUCCCGAUGUGCUUGCUAUCCUCGGUUGCUGGCGUGGCCUGGGCCGGGAUGGAUAUCAACAUCUUUCUGCAAAUCGGCUUUGUUGUGCUGGUAGGUCUAACCAGUAAGAACGCGAUUCUGAUUGUCGAAUUUGCCAAAGAGAAAAGUGCCCAAGGUGCUUCACCUACUGAUGCGACGGUUGAGGCAUGCCGACUUCGUCUGCGUCCAAUCAUGAUGACAUCUUUAGCUUUCAUUCUCGGCGUGGUGCCUCUGGCGCUCGCUGUAGGCGCGGGAGCAGAAAUGAGAAAAUCGCUAGGCAUCGCGGUCUUUUCCGGUAUGCUCGGAGUAACAUUGUUUGGACUCCUACGGACCCCGGUCUUCUAUUUCGUCAUCGUGAAACUCACAGGGGACCGACAUGGCUCAGGAAAAGUUAGCCGUCAAGGUCAUGUUGAGAAUGACGGCGCCGUCUACACAAAUCCGCUCAGUGGCGAACAAAUCUCAGGGCGUGAGGCCAUCGAACAGCAAUUCACCGAAAUCUUUGCGGAAGCGGAAGUUGCCACCUUAGAAGCGACUACCGAUAGCAUCCAAUUCGUGUCACCAGGAGUAGCGAUCGAGCGGGGAACUGCCAAGGUGGUCCGGCCGGAUAAGCAGCGGGAAGUAAGCCGAUACACCGCGGUCUACGUCAAGUUAGAUGGCAAGUGGCUGCUGGAUCGCGUGUCCGAAGAAAAUAUAAUGGAGCUUCCCUCCCACUUCGAGCAACUCAAGUCCCUGGAGUGGCUCACCGGCACUUGGGGCGACCAAGAUGAGUCGGCCACGGUAGUUAUCGACUGUUACUGGUCUCGCAACGAAAACUUUCUGGUUCGAUCGUUUACGAUUCAGAUUCGUGACAGCAUCGAGAUGGCCGGCCUGCAAUUCAUUGGGUGGGAUCCAUCGACGAAAAAGAUUCGCUCUUGGGUGUUUGACUCCGAUGGCGGAUUUGGUCAUGGAACCUGGUCGAACAAGGGUAACAUGUGGUACGUGCAGCAAAGUGGUGUUCUUCCGGAUGGACGGAUCACCUCGUCGGUAAAUGUUAUCACUUAUCUCGAUGACACUACCUGCUCGUUGCAAUCCAUCAACCGAUCAGUCGAUGGAGAACUCCUGCCAAAUGUUCAAGAGGUUGUUCUCACGAAGGGGGCCGCGGGGGCGGUGGCCGCGGCGGGGGCGGAAGAGGUGGAGGAGGUGCCUCACGUGGCGGAUAUAGUCGGCCAAGCGGCGCAGUUAGAGUUGCGGGGGGGGCAGCCGCCGAGUUCCUUCGCAGUUCCGGUCCUCGAGCAGAGACAUUACCCGGAGCAGGCCAACGUCCGGGGGCAGGCGAUCGUGCGGGAGCGAAUCGUCCUGGAGCGGGGCAGCGCCCGACAGUCGGUGGGCAUGCACGUGUGCAAAACCUUCCAUCACGGAUCAACAACCGACAAGAAUGGCACGACAAUCGAAUGCAGAGGCUGGGCCGCGUGGAGGAUUAACCGACCUUAUCGGUGGGCGACUUGGGCUGCCAUCACGGGUUGGGUUGGUUACGGUUGGAGCGAUGCGACGCCUUACAGUUAUGGCGAAAACGUCUAUUACGAUGAUGGCUCGGUGUACUACAACGAUGACGUAGUAGCCACCGAGGAAGAGUACGCUCAGCAAGCCGAAGACAUAGUGGCGGCGGCUCCUCAGGUUGCACCGGCAUCCGCCGAAUGGAUGCCGUUGGGAGUGUUUGCGCUGACGCCCGACGGACAAGCAUCCGGCCCUGAUCCGUCACUCUUCCUGCAACUAGCAAUCAGCAAAGAGGGGGUCAUUACCGGAACGCUGAAUAAUUCGGUGACCAAUCGCACUCAGACAAUCGAAGGUUACGUAGAUAAGGCAACGCAGCGCUGUGCAUGGAAUGUUGUCGGUCAAACUCGGCCGAUCAUGGAGUCCGACUCAGUCUAUGCCCUUGGGGAAAGCGAAGACGAAGCUCUGGUAAAGCAGGCCUGCGAGGCUUGGGAGGAAUUUGGUGCACUUAUGAUCAAGUCGAGGUCAACUGCUUUACGUUUUUGUUUCUUGGUAUUACUGCUCAUGGGUGGUUCUGUAUCACCGCCCACACGUGCAGAAGAGCUUCAAGCAGGCCAAGAUGGCUACCUGUUUCACGACUCGCACCUUCACCUCACCAAUUACGUCCAAGAAGGCACUGACAUUCGUCAAUUCCUGGAGAUCAUGGGGGACAAGGUUGGACGCAGUAUGUUGAGUGGCAUCCCCUUACAGCAGCAGUGGAUGUACGCAAAUACCGGCGACUUUGCGCCGACCUAUUACACUCAGACCGAUGCACCGCUUUAUUACUACUCUUUUACCGACGCGAUUAUUGCUCACGAGUACCUACGGCUGAAGCCAGAUGAGCAACAGCGACUGGAUCCGAUGAUCACGGGCUUUAACCCGACGGACAUGUACGCAGCGGAUCACAUCCGCAGAGUUUUGCUAAUGUUUCCUGGCGUCUUCUCAGGGAUAGGUGAAUUCUCGAUCCACAAAGAGUUCGUCUCUUCUAAGAUCGCUGGGGAGGUAGCGACGCUGAAUAACAAAGCCUUGGAUCGCAUACUUGAUUUUGCCGCGGAGGUUGGGAUGCCCGUCGUGCUCCACUGCGACGUCAACACACCCUUUCCCCGCCCAAACCAAGACCCUUAUAUCGUUACAAAACUGAGAGAGUUAGCCGAUCGACAUUCUGAUACCGUCAUUAUCUGGGCACAUCUAGGUCUGGGCCGUGUCGUUCGACCUGUUGAAGACCAAUUGGGAAUGGCAGAGCGAGGGUUGCGCGACCGCGCGUCCAAAAAUAUUCACUUUGACAUUUCAUGGGACGAGACCGCGAAAUAUCUAGUGGGUAGCCCCGAAUCCAUCGAGGCGACAGCGGACCUCAUCAACCGCUUUCCAGAACAUUUCCUCUUUGGAACUGACAGCGUCGCGCCCCAGAACACAGAGCAGUACCUCCAUGUCUACAAACUAUACAAGCCGUUGCUGGCCAAGCUGACCCCUGAAGCUAGACACCUGCUUCUGAAGGGAAACUACGAGCGCAUCUUCGAUGAAGCGCGUCGGCGGGUCAGGGAGUGGGAAUCCGAGAACGAGCGACCGUGCGUCGAUGUACUCAUCGUCGCGAUCGCAGUGCUCUGGGUCGGCAACCGCAUCACGCGGGCUGUCCCAUUGCUUAGCAAGUACAGUAUUCCGAUCGCUGUGACCGGAGGGCUGUUUUGCAGUAUCAUCGUCGCAGCGAUAAGCGUCCUAGGCGGCCCAAAGAUCGUUUUCGAUAUGGAUAUGCGCGACACACUGCUAAUGGUUUUCUUCACGACAAUCGGCGUCUCGGCAAAACUCUCGCGCUUAGCGGCCGGGGGUAAAGCUCUUGGCUUGAUGGCGAUUUGUGCGGGAGUCUUUCUGGUGGUGCAGGAUUUCACUGGUGUAUUACUCGCGAAGGCCUUUGGAGCGCACCCGGGGUAUGGGCUGUUCGCCGGAAGUGUGUCACUUGCCGGUGGGCAUGGGACAGCGAUUGCAUGGGGGCAGGAGGCGGAAGCCGCUGGCCUUCAGAACGCGGGCUUGGCUGGCAUUGCCUUUGCGACUUUCGGAUUGGUUGCGGGAGGUAUUAUCGGUGGACCCGUUUCUGAAUGGUUGAUCAAACGAAGGGGCCUCGUACCGAAAGACACAUCAAAAGAGACGAACAACGUGGAAGACUCGAUCAAGCCUGAUGUUUACUCGUUGGAGUCAGCGCUGGGCGUAAUGCUCGUGCUCGCGGUGUGCCUCUCCCUGGGUGAGAUCCUUAACCGCUGGUUUUUCUCCAACGAUAUCAAGCUGCCCGGAUUUCUGACGGCGAUGAUGGUUGGUAUCUUAGUCACCAACCUAGCGGACCGUUUCGACAAUCCAUUGCCUGCUGGUCACUUCGAGAAGGUCGGAGAAAUUUCGUUGCAGUUAUUCUUGGCAAUGAGUUUAAUGAGCAUGGAUCUCUCGUCUCUUGCCAAUUCUUUCGGUAUGAUCUUCUUCGUACUGAUGAUUCAGAUAGUCGUCCUCACGCUAUUCGCUGUGCUCGUGAUCUUCCGCGUGAUGGGCCGUGAUUACGACGCAGCAGUGAUCGUCGGCGGCUUCUGCGGGCUGGGGAUGGGAGCUACUCCGGUGGCGAUCGCCAAUAUGAGUCGUCGUAGUCCCCGCUUCGUCAUUGAGGCUUUGCGGAACGCGGUGACCGAUAACAUCGACGACAAUCCUCGAUAUGAUGCCGAAGUCCAAUAG